CAGUAGACCGUAAAAGCAUAACAAUUGUAAUCGAACAUUUAGUAUGGUAAAGUUAGUGGUAGAAGUCUAAUAUUGCAGCAAUAGGAACUUGGACGUGUAGAAGCAAUGCGUUAGAUAAUUUUUGACCUAGAAACAUGGCGAAUAUUGCUGCUCAGAGAAUCAAGAGGGAAUUUAAGGAAGUUAUUAAGAGCGAAGAGGUUGCAAAGUGUGCUAUAAAAGUUGAAUUGGUGAAUGACAACUAUACUGAAUUGAAAGGAGAAAUAGCUGGACCCCCAGAGACGCCUUAUGAGGGAGGGACAUUUGUAUUGGAAAUAAAAGUACCAGAAACAUAUCCCUUUAACCCACCAAAGGUGCGAUUUAUAACUAAAAUAUGGCAUCCCAACAUUUCCUCUGUGACUGGAGCAAUAUGUUUAGAUAUCCUGAAAGAUCAGUGGGCAGCAGCAAUGACGUUGCGAACGGUUCUACUUUCUCUCCAAGCGCUACUUGCUGCUGCAGAACCUGAUGACCCCCAGGAUGCCGUUGUGGCCAAACAGUUUAAAGAGAACCAAGAUAUGUUUAGGCAAACAGCUCGUCAUUGGACAUUCAUCUAUGCAGGAGGUCCACAUAAAAAUUCUGACUUUGAUUUGAAGAUUCGAAGACUCACUGAUAUGGGAAUUGAGGAUCACCAAGCAAGAGUAGCGUUAUCGUCAUACAACUGGGAUUUGGAAAGAGCCACUGAACAACUGUUCAGUUAGUUAAAUCUAAAUAAGUUAGCUUAUGGUUGUAAUCAGGGAGAUCAGUCAUGUUGGCUUCAUGCUGCCAUUUGCUACUCCAGUACCCAUACUGCUUUCUGUUUCUUUUUCUGUUAAUGAAAACCACAUAACUUAUGGUGAUUUCUAUGAAAUAUUUUUUUUAAAAAAUUGGAAGUGUUUAACUGAUUUGAAACUACUACAGUAUGGGUGGGAAGUAAGUAGGCAUUAAAUAAUCGCUUUGCAUCGGAAAUAUGGAGGUUAUAACCAUUUCUUAAUGCCUACUUACUUCCCACCCAUCCUGUAUAUUAUAUUGUAAAUUGAAAGAAAUCAGUGAAACAGAAUCAUACAUUCGUAAUACACUUACUUAAUUAUACAAUGUUUUACUUGAUUACAGUACACUUUGAAACCACAGACUUGAGGGUUGUAUGGUGCAUAAAUAUUCAGACAGCAAAUACUUGAACGCAGUAAUACAUUAAUUCAAGAUGUAUAAUUUUCUGAUGAGCCGCAUAAAAUCACGUAGUAAUUUUUAAUAUCAUAUGAAUACUGUUUUCACUAGUUUGGAAUGUACCGAUAAUUAUGGUUAAUUCAUCAACACAUGUUGACAUAAAAAUCUCAGCCCAGUAUUCUGUACGGAUUGUUCCUGCCUAUGAACGGUAUGGAUACCGGAGCACCAGACAAGCAAACUCGUUUAUUACUCUUUUGUUUGGGUGGGACUUAUCCAGAUAAACUGUAUCAUGUAAUAACUAGUGCUGUGAUUACAAAUAAGAACGCAAACAUGAAACAUGUAUGAGA